UACUAAACCAAACUAUUUCUAUUUUAUCGUAGGAAUAUGUGAAAGUGCUGCAGUUUAGUGCUGUAAAAAAGACAAAGAAUGGGUUGUUUAAUUAGCUCGAUGGCAUGCUGCAUUGGUAGCGCAGCAUGCGGCUGCAUCAGUAGCUGCUGUCCCACCAUGCGAUCCAGUACCACCAGUCGUAUCAUGUACAGUGGCAUCCUACUUCUUAUGACUGCCAUCUCCCUGAUUAUCCGUAUUCCUGGAAUCUCUGAGCAGAUGAAAAAGAUACCUGGCAUAUGUAAGGAAGGAAAAUACCAGCCUAUUACUGGUGGUCUCGUGUCCUGUGAAGAUCUUGGAACUUAUCUCUUCGUUUACAAAGUUUGCUUCCCUGUGGCUCUAUUCUUCUUUUUGAUGUCGAUAAUCAUGAUAGAAGUUCGUUCCAGUAAAGAUAUAAGAGCUCCUAUCCAAAAUGGAUUCUGGUUGUGGAAGUACCUUAUUGUGAUCGCUGCCAUCAUAGGAUCUAUUGCCGGUAUGCCAGACUCUUUUGCCUACCCUUGGAUGAUCAUUGCCUACAUCUUUGCUUUCAUCUUCAUCAUCAUCCAGUUACUUCUCCUGGUGGACUUUGCUCACACGUGGAACGAGACCUGGCUGGAUAAUGCUGAGAACAAAGAUCGCUCCUGGAUGUGUGGCAUUGUCUUCUUCUUCUCCUUCAACUUCGUUGCUAUCAUCGCCGGAAAUGUGCUUCUGUACGUGUUUUACACAUCGUGUGACAGCAACGGCCUGAACAUCGCUGUAAUCACCAUCAACAUAAUCCUGUGUAUCCUCGUGAGCGUCGUUUCCAUCCUUCCUGGUGUUCAAGAACACAACCCUAAGAGUGGGCUUCUUCAGUCGUCAGUUAUCUCCCUCUACUGCACCUAUCUGAUCUGGUCUGGAUUUGCUGCAGACCCUAGUGGCUGUAACCCUCUGAACACGAACAGCACUACAGAAUCAGACACUGCGGCGGAUCACAACAGCAACAUAGCCCCAACACUGGUGGGCAUUGCCAUCACCUUCUUUGUGGUGUUGUGGAGCGUGCUCCAGACAAGUUCCAGUAACUACAGUCAGAAGCUGGGUGUGGGAGGUGAGGAGGGUGCUUUGUUGGGCUGCACCGGCACUAGCGCUGAUGGAGGCAGUGAUGAUAUCGAGGACGGAAAACCCCGAGUGUACGACAACGAAGAGGAUGGAGUCGCGUACAGCUACUCUUUCUUCCACUUCAUGUUCAUGAUAGCCGUGUUCUACCUAAUGCUGGUCCUCACUGAUUGGUGGAAUGCCACUACUGAUAGUCUCGUGAGUGGAGCCUUCAGCAAGACCUCUCUGUGGGUUAAGAUAACUUCCUCCUGGAUUUGUUAUGCGAUCUACUGCUGGACCCUUGCUGCUCCCGCUAUGUUCCCCGACAGAGACUUUGGAUACGCGUAAAAGUACAGAUUUUGUGGGUGCAGUUUGGAGACUUCGUUCCGUUCUAACUGCCAAAACGAUUGGAGGAUACGAGUAUCGGAGCGACGUACCCUACAAAACUACACUCUGCAUCCUAACAGAUGAGUUUGCAAAACUCACAUAAUGAUCAAAGACUUUGGACGAUUUUCGCGAUUUUACACUUCCUGAAAGAGUGUACUCUAUUUUCGUAUUCAGAAAUUUUAGAUCUCGAUCAAAAUAUUAAAGGACCAAUAAAGUUAAGAAGCAUCUUGCUGCCAUUUUAGUUUGUAGCAAGCAGACGUAGACACACCUAUUUUACAUAUUAUCAUGGUAAACUUACUUUACCUUAAAACCUAAAAACUGUAUUAUGUUUGCGGUGUGAUCUGAGCUGCAUGAAACAUCUUGCCUGUUUUAUCCACAAUCUGAGACUUAGUUUGAUUAUCGUUAUUCGUUUGAUUUUUGUUCUUCGAAUAUGAAAUAUCUUAAAACCUCGUUAAUCAAGGCGUGGUAGACUUGCACUAGUGUAAUGUGUUUAAUUUAUCCUCGUAUUUGCUACUCUCGUUCAUCUUAGAGAAUGUACUUUGUAUAAUCUAAUAAACUCCAGAUAGAUACGCUAUUUGAUAUUUAUGUGUAGUUUAGUAAUGUAGUUGUACAUUAGCUGUUAGAUUACAUAAGGCUCUUCUUGAAACAUGUGCUCUUUUAAAAAGAUCAUUGAUCACUGUUACAUUUUCUCAUCUUAAUGAUCUUUAUAUAAUAUAUAGUGUAUUAAAUACGUUUCUGAAAUGGAAGUCAAAACUAAGUCAUAUGGACUAGUCUGAUAGAUUUGAAAGCAUAUAAAAACAAGAUCGUAUGUAGUGGUAAAUAAAACCCUGUCAAGUUUCCAUAUUUGUUACUGUCCAUUUUUUUCAAAAUCUCUAUGUACAAUUUGUUGGUACUUGAAAGUUAAAUAUUUUGGAUAUUUUUGCUGCCAUUGGUGUUUACGUCUGCUGUCAAUAAUUGAUUGAUCGAUAGAAAAACAGUGUUAAUAAUAGAUUCUUAGAAUGGUGAUUUCUGUAUUAGACUCUAAAAUUACAAAAUAUUAAA